CCCCGUCCUGGUCUCGAUUACCGCGCACGCCAUGGCGCUCGCUGCCGUCCUGGCCGCGGCCCUGCUCGCGGCGGCGAGCGGCGCCGACUCGGAGGUGCAGGUCGGGCCCGCCGGCAGCGUCACGGGCCUCAUGCGCAGGGCCGCCCGGCCCCACGCGGCGGCGCCCGCCCGCGGUGCUGGCCCGGAGGAGGGCGGCCAAGCAGAGGUGACCAUUCUCCAGGGGGGCGGUGCCGACGGCGCGCGGUCGGCCGUGGCGUCCUCCAGCGGGGGCGCCGUCUUCGCCGCCGUCCGGGCAGCCGGCGGGGCGAACGCGAGCGGGGCGCCGCCGGCCGGGGAGCACGCGGAGAGUUCGGUGGGGGGUUGGCUGGCGCUGAACAUCUCGGACGACGGUACGCUGCUGGCCCGCGGGAGCGGGUGGGGCCACGGUUCCACCGUGGCUCUGAUCGGCGGCCACUCCAGGAAGUUCUGCGCCGACGAGGGCCACACGAUCAAGUGCAACCGAGACAAGGUCGGCAAGUGGGAGAAGUUUUACAUCCACAGCGCGGGCGGCGGCAAGUGGGCGCUGAGAGGCGGGAGACACAACAAGUGGUGCGCCGAUGAAGGCGGUCGCAUAAAGUGCAAUCGCGUACGUAUUGGCGGUUGGGAGAAGUUCACCAUUGGAGGAACGAUCCCUGGCCAGGACUUCGCGCGCACCUUGCGCGGUGGCCGCUGGAACAGGUUCUGCGCCGACGAGAAAGACAAGGGCAUUAAGUGCAAUCGCAAGCGAGAGGGCGCUUGGGAGCGGUUUGACAUCGUCGUAAAGCCUGCUUAG